UGUAUGGAACGAAGAUUGGAUGCAUGAUCAGACGGUGCAUGAGGAGAAGGAGCGGAAGAAUAAGGAGUGGGAGGAGAUGGAGGCGGAGGAGGUGGAGCAGGAUGCGAUGGAGCUGGCUGAGAUCAAGCGAUUGGACCGGGGACGGAAGAAGCAUGAGAAACUCAGGGAGGAUAAUAAGUAUGAGGUAGACCGAUAUGGCUGGGUCAAGAUAAUGACCCCGUGGGUGCCGUUGGGCCCCUGGAGCAAACCUGGCUCAGACACAACCGAUUUCACGAUUUUGGGGUACGUUGACACCUCGGCGCAUCCCAAGGACAAGCUCGCCGUCAGAAUCAUGCGCGAAUGCUGGGAUCUUUCGAUCCAAGAGCUUGACGGCGGACUCGGCGACACCAGAGUGAGAAUCCGAACCCGCGAUUUCCAACUCCUGCAGCGUGGCGCCAAGCGAUGGGUGACAUUCUUGGGCAAAGGGUUGCUGGACCCUGGCGAGAGGAUGGAAAUCUUCAACACGACGAGGAUACUCCGCCUAGUGACGACAAAGCCGAAAGCCGCCGUCAUGCUUAAGGAUCUGAACGAAACAUUUAAGCAGGUUAAUUCAAGGCACUUCCCGGUCAAGCUCAUAAGAGACAAAAAAUUCGACGAUGAAAUAUUGGAAGAGGUUGCACGAAUUACAAAUACAUAUAUCCGGCAGACUCCAAAUUCCGAACGGGUCGAGGUCACUUGGAUCCAUAUCAAGACGCGCGAGGAUCGAGGUCUGGUAGGCUUGGAAGAUUUACGACACGUCGUCUUCCGCCUGCUACUCCGUGCCUACGGUCCGACACGGGCGACGUGUCUGCUCUCUAGGGCAAACACGGACACAACGACGGGCGGCCAUCUGGUUGCAGACUUGGUCGGCAAGGAAAGGCUACCAUGGAACCACAGAAUGUUGCGCAUGUGUCGCUUCAUGUUCCCGCUGUCGUCCAAGGACGGUACCCCGCCGGCGGAACUGGGCCUGCUGGACAGACUCUAUCUACCGAUUGAACCAAUGCCCGAUGACACCUCCGCGCCUGGCACAACCGCGCCGGUAAUAUCACCAAGCCGACUUGCCCAGGUAUUACCACAAAGCCGAUCGCCCGUCUCUCCGUUGCAAUGGGACGUGAAGCUCAAAACAUCCACCAUAGCCCGGUUCGGCUACCUACUCCACCAAAGGCGCCCCACAACCAAGACUCUCACAGUAACUGACGUGAGGGGGACGACGCGGUUCUUCGCGCCCAUCACGCCGCACCCGCUCCGGCUCGCGCAGCUGCAGAGUAAGGACAAGGACGCGGGGAAGGCGCUCGUCCAUAAUAAGACGACGCUGGUCCUCUACUACUGGCCGUCGCCCGGCGCGCAGACGACGCUCGAGACGCUCAAGGCUUACGCCAACUUCAAGAAGCGGCAUCGCGAGCGCGCCAAGCCCUACAUCUCGCCCGCGCCCUACCUCGAGCUGCGGCUCGCGAUCAAGGACGACACGGUGCUCGGGGUCGAGAGCCUGACGGCCAUCAAGGAGAUCGGCGUGACGGAGGUGAUGCUGCCCGCCGCCCUCGUCGACAUCGCCUUCACCCAGACCCGCUACUCGAGGCUGCGCGCCCCGCCCGAGAAGCUCGCCGAGUGGUGGCCCGUCGAGCACAUCCUCAAGGCCUCGCACAUCGACGUCGCCCGCGGCAAGUUCGAGUUCCCCGCCCACCAGAAGUUCCCCGUCCCCGUCCGCCUCUUCCUCGACAGCCGCAAGGACGACUUCAACUACCCCGCCGUCGGCGGCCCCGACAGCCUCCACGCCGCCACCUACACCUUCGCCGGCUACGAGCUGCGCCACGCCGUCUCCGCCCCGUACGAGCGCUCCCGCCUCACCUACUCGUCGGUCGACGCCGGCGACGCCGGCGGCCGCUGGACCGAGGUCGACCUCGAGCCCAUCGCUCCCCCGGGCAGCCGCGGCCCCAGGCGCAUCUUGAUGGACGAGUUCGAGGCCGAGACGUUCAACGACGACUUCCUCGACCUAUGCAACCGGUUCGCCCGCAAUGAUGACCUGUGGUCCGGCGGCCCGACCAAGCUGUAACGCGUGGGCGCAUGUAGGUACGUCGAGGCAGGGCGAGGCGGAACGGCAACCGAGCGAGCCGAUAGAGCGGCAGGCAAGAAAAUAUAAAGGAGCACUGGCAAGGGAUAAAAAGAAGGGAGAGGGAAAAUAUAAACUUGCAUGCUCGCUUCGACUAUGUUCGCUAGCGUAUGUAGUAUAGCAAACUGUACUUUAUUCUCAACUACAAAAAAAACCUACAUAACGUACGCGUCAC